AUGAUGACACCUAUUGAGGAGAAAAAAGAUGAGAAGAUCCGCGUGGGCAUGGUACAGGUGUCGGAUGGCAAGUCGCGGCCGCGGCCCGCACGGCUGGUGCUCACUAUGGAAGCGGUGACGGUGCAGCGCGAGGCUCCCGUACCUCAGCCGCCGCGAGAUCGCACCGAGCGUAUGGUACAGAUCACCCGGCAGAAAGUCGGCGGUCUAGGGCUCAGCAUAAAAGGCGGCGCGGAGCACAAGCUGCCGAUCCUCAUAUCGAAGAUAUACAAGGACCAGGCGGCGGACCAGACCGGCCAGUUGUUCGUGGGAGAUGCCGUUAUAAAAGUGAACGGAGAGUACAUCACCGCGUGCAAUCAUGAUGAUGCGGUGAAUAUCCUGCGCAAUGCAGGGGACAUCGUGGUGCUUACCGUAAAGCAUUACCGGGCUGCAACGCCCUUCUUGCAGAAGCAUGCGGACGGUGCUUCGGAUACGGACAGCAGCACGGGCGAUGAGCACCCCUCACUUCACAAUAGGACUCUAGAUGACAACUGCAACUCUGAGAGGAAUGACACUGACUCCGGCUGGCAGAGCGCGUGGAGCGGCGCGGAGGACGGCAGCCGGCCGCCGUCCGCCGCCGCGCUCGGCGCGCCCUCCCCGCGCACGCCGCACGCGCCGCACGCGCCGCACGCGCCGCCCGCCGACACGCAGUGGGUCGACGUGGUCUCCGUCCCCCUAAUGAUGGCAUAUGUUACAAGAUAUGUUUUUGGAACGGAUAAACUUAGACCAGGAGCUUUUGAGGUGCGCGGCGCGCGGCCUCACGUGACGACGGGCGUGGUGCACGCGGACGAGCCGGCCGCGCUCUCGCUCUGGCUCAAGAGCAUCGCCGACAACAUCCUCGCGCUCACCAACCUGCAGAUGAAGCUGUUCAACCGGCACCUGAGCGGUGGCGAGCGAAUCGAGUACAUGGGCUGGGUGCAUGAGGGGCUGGUGAGCGCGGCGCAGCCCUGGCAGACCUACACGCCGCGCUUCCUCGUGCUCAAGGGCACCGACGUCAUGCUGUUCGACGUGCCGCCCAUGAACAUAGCGGAGCUGGCGAAGUGCCCGGAGACGUUGAAGGUGUACCAGACGAUGUUCCGCACGGUGAAGGAGAGCGAGACGGUGGACUGGCGGCAGCACUGCUUCCUGCUGCAGGCCAGCGGCGCCGCGCCCGCCGGUCCGCGCGCCGGCCCGCGCUACUUCAGCACCGACACGCGCCGCGACCUGCUGCGCGUGGAGGCCGCCUGGACGCACAACAUCGUGCACUCCGUCGUGCGCCUGGGGAAGAAGACGUUCACGGUGGUGCACCUGGGGCGCGCGGCCGGGCUCACGCUGGACUGGGCGAGCGGCUUCUCGCUCAGCGAGGGCACGCCCGGCGCGCCGCCCGUCUGGGCCUACAGGUUUUCACAGUUGAGGGGUUCAAGUGAUGAUGGAAAGUCGAAGUUAAAAUUACAUUUUCAAGAUACUGAGACCAAGGUUAUCGAAACUAAGGAGUUAGAAUGCCAGAUACUACAGAGUCUCCUGUUCUGUAUGCACGCGUUCCUUACUGCCAAAGUGGCGUCCGUCGAUCCAGCCUUCCUCGCUUCGAUACAGCAGUCAAAUUAA